UGACGACAUUCCUCCCGGGUUCUGCGCCCCGCAGCGUAGUAACCCCACGGCAGGCGACCGUGCGCAAUCCAGCUGGUAGCACCCCGGCGUUGAGCGGCAAAACCCCGCCCCGAGCGGCUUGCCCCGCCCCCUGCCCGUCACUCACUCAGCCCACCCAAUGGUGGCCGUGGGGGGCGGGGCUAGGCCUGAAAGCGCCGUGCGCCGAAGCUUGUGGCGUCAAUCCGCCCGCCGUGUCCAUGGAGAGAGGCUGAGGUGGCCGACCUUCGGCCCGAGGCAGCGGGGCGCCAGGACGGCGAAGAUGUCGGCUUCCUUAGUCCGGGCAACUGUCCGGGCUGUGAGCAAGAGGAAGCUGCAGCCCACCCGGGCAGCCCUCACCCUGACACCUUCAGCAGUAAACAAGAUAAAACAACUUCUUAAAGAUAAGCCUGAGCAUGUAGGUGUAAAAGUUGGUGUCCGAACCAGGGGCUGUAAUGGCCUUUCUUAUACUCUAGAAUAUACAAAGACAAAAGGAGAUUCUGAUGAAGAAGUUAUUCAAGAUGGCUUCAAACCUGUACUGCAUGUGACUGUCCUGAAUACUGUGCACAGUUCUAACACAAUGGAGUCAGAGUAUUCAUCGAAAAGAAAGCACAGCUAACACUUUUAGGAACAGAAAUGGACUAUGUUGAAGACAAAUUAUCCAGUGAGUUUGUGUUCAAUAACCCAAACAUCAAAGGGACUUGUGGCUGUGGAGAAAGCUUUAAUAUUUGAAAUCUCAGGACUCUUCUGGCCGUAGGUUCCAGGAAAGCUCAUGGAAGCCUUGCUGCUCACUGCAGAAAUCAUGUGACUGUCACAUGCUGGAAAAUAAAGUGAUACAUCUUGAAAAUGAAGCCAGUGUGUUGGAUUCCAGAAGAAAUGAUAUUUGUAUUCUCUGUAGGGGACAGAAAGUGAGAAGCCAUCACGCUCUCUGGAUCAUGUAGGUCUCUUGCAUCCUUUGUUUUAGAACCAGCUUCAUUAAAGUUGCCUUCCUGGGCACCUGUCUAUCCA